AUGACUGGCUGGAUUGUCCUACCCAUCAGCCUGACUGCAUUCUCCAUCCCUGGGAUAUGGAUUGUGUAUGCCAUGGCUGUGAUGAACCAUCAUGUUUGUCCUGUGGAAAACUGGACGUACAAUGUGACGUGCUCCGAUGACACUGCCAAGCAGGGGACACCGAAGACUUGCUGCACUCUGGAGGAUGUCCCUCUCAUCAGUAAGUGUGGGACGUACCCCCCAGAGAGCUGUCUCUUCAGUCUGAUUGGAAAUGUCGGUGCUUUUAUGGUGGUGAUGAUCUGUUUGCUGAGAUACAGUCAGGUCAUCGAGCUUAGCCAUGGCUCCUGGCUGAACACAGUCGCCCUGAUCGCUGGUUGCACCAACGCAGCAGGACUUGUCAUGGUGGGGAAUUUCCAGGUGGAUUACGCCAAGUCUCUGCAUUAUAUCGGAGCAGGAGUGGCAUUCCCAGCUGGUUUGCUGUUUGUAUGCCUACAUUGCAUCCUUACCUACCAUCUGGCCACUAGCACACUAGACUAUUGGGUGGGACACCUGCGUGUAAGCCUGACCAUUGUGGCCUUAGCAUCCCUUGUCCUGAGUGGGGUCUUUUUCAUCCAUGAAAGCUUCCUCCUUCAGCACUUGGCUGCAAUCUGUGAGUGGAUCUUUGUACUGGAUAUCUUGGUCUUCUAUGGAACAUUUUCCUAUGAGUUUGGCUCGGUCUCCAGCGACACCAUCAUGGCCGCUCUGCAGAGCUCCUCAGCUCGCAGCUGCAAGUCUCCAGGAAGCAGCAGCACAUCUACCCACCUCAACUGUAAUCCUGAGAGGAUUGCCAUGAUAUGA